GGAGAAUUGGCAGCUGUAGUCAUGAAUCAGAACAGAAGUAAUCAAGAGAGAGAUGAUAAUUACCAAAAUACUAGUCGGAAUUCACGGGGUUUCCAAAAUCGACCAGGUGGCUCGGUACAGGGAUAUCCAAAUCUGAAUCCGAAUUAUCAGAAUCCUGUUGAUUUGGUUCAUAAUUAUAAUCGGAAUCGGCAACCACAAGAAUCGGAAGAAAAUAUUUAUGAGCGUUUGGAUAAUGAUGAUGACGAUGAAAACAAUGAAAACAAUGGUGAAGCCAGUCGCAAUGAACCAAUAGCUCAAAAUAAUCAGAAUAAUGUGGAUGAUCAUAUGUACGAGAGAAUUGAUGAUCGAUAUUCUUGUAGUAGCAGAAUGUACUACAAGACAAGAAACUCGAAUCCGUAUGAUCAACCCAGACAAAUUUAUCUAGAUUCACGGCUGUCCAAUCAGUUUUGCCAAAGUCGUUUAGAUAGAUUAGGUCGCAAUUGUUUUUCUACCGAAAAUAUUGCUCAUGCGUCUACUGGACGUACAAUUUAUCCACUUGGUUACAACUGUAUGUGUUCUUUCUGCAGGCACUUAGACCCAAGAUAUUUGUGUCAUCAUUGUCAUAAUAUGCAUAAUAGAUUACGCUAUCAUGAUGGACUUGCAAGUAAUUCUAGACACGUUAUAUGCCAAUUACCGAGAAAUUGUAGGUGUCCUUUUUGCCGUGGUGAAUAUUCUUACGUGAAACUGCCUGUUACAUCAUGUCGACCUCCUGAAUUGUGGAGAAUGGAAUGUUACUGUAGAAAUCCUAGUAAUUGUUCUUGUAGAUCUAAAAUUCUAUCUAACUGUAAUUCUACUACACAAUUUGGAAAAUAUCUUGAUUGGAUAAACAGAGCUGGUCCUUCGGUUAAUAAUCCUUUGUACGCUACAAUUCAUAUUGGUAGACCUUGUGUUUCUGCCGUUGGAAAUUUAGCUAGUGGCAGUGGCGGAGAGCCUGUUGCUUCAACAUCGGGUGCAUCGGGUUCUGCAGCUGCAACCAACGAACCCAGUACAUCUUCAAAUGUUAGAUCGAUAUUUUCUUCGCAUAAUUCUUCCACUUCACGCGCUUCUGUUUGUUCUGCUAAUCGUUCUACAGAACGUCAGCAUACCUGUGAUGAUUCCUGCAUCAGAAAUCAAAGUGGAAGUAUCACUGGCAUUUGUCAGUUUUUCAGUAGAUGUGAACGGGCAGAAUGUAAUCAUAACAGAUUGUCCGUUCAUUGGUGGUACGUUAACAAGUGGCUGCUACUUUGGAAUCCUCACAUUUUCGAUAGGAACAUGGACGCUGUUCCCGUGAUGGAGGAAGAAUCCCGGAAUCAACAUGAUAGCGAUAGUGAUGAUGCUUAAUGAUAAUUAUUCCUUAAUUUUCAGAUCUAGUGAUUUAUUUGGCAUUAUCAGAUAUUGUUUUAUCAUGACUGUUCAGAUACCAUUCAUAUUUCCGAUCAUAAUAGUUAAGCAAAUAAGAUAAUAUUGAAUAUCCGUGUGCCCCUCUAUUUUUAACGAGAGCAUAGUAAUAAAGUUAUAACUUGUGAUACCUGAGAAAAUGAUUAUACAUUUCCCCAUACGAGAUAGCAAGUAAGAGGAAAGUAGUGUCAAUAAUAACGCUUUGAACUGUUUUUAACUACCAACAUCCAGCUUGUUAAAAAUAUUGUAAUAAUAAUUAGAAUGAUAAUUCUUGUUGAGUUGUGUUAUUUCAGAUGAAAAUCUUCGUUCGAAAAUAAUUAUAAAUAAUUAAGAAGAAUUCGCACAUGUAUUGACAAUAACAAUGCAUUAUAUGUGCUCCGAUAUUCUGAAAUAUUUAUAUCUAUAAAUACAAGAAAUAUAAUUUUCAUUUAUAUAUGUAUAAAUAAGUAUAAAGUCGAUUAAGUAUAAAAAUAAUCAAAGAUUAGUUCUGCCACUAUAUUAUUAAGAAUUUAUAGAAGCUGUUUAAAUUUGAUUGACUUUAUACUCAUUUACAGCUGAUUUUAAUUAUUUUCAUAUGCGGUGAAAGAAAAUUGCCAAUUUUAUCAUGUUAAUCCUCUGUAUAGAGAACUAUGUAUAUUAUAGACUAAUAUUUGGACAUGUGUGUUUUACUGUAUAAUGAUGUAAAAUGUAUAGAAAUUGUAACUUUUAUAAUUCGUCGUUAAUCCUUUUGAUUCGGCAUUGUUUCUGGAUCAAAAGGGUGGAGGAAAUGACGAGAGAGUGCUUCUGGCAUAUUUUUAUAAGUUUAGUAAUAAAGAUGUCGCAAUAAAUCAAGACAUAAAUACCCUUUUUUGAGAAGUUGGUUAUGCAGUGUGUUAAAAAAUAUUGGUUAUUUUAAGAAAUAUUUCGAAUUUGUUAAUUGCUCUUUACACACGAUGAAAUAUGUCGAAUGUAAAUUUUUAUUUUAACUG